CAUUGGUGGCCCCAUUUUUCAGCUUUGAUAAAUCUAAACCUAUAGUGUAUAUAUAUCCACCACCUAAGAAAGAAACAUAAAAGGUCUGUAAUGGAGAACUCAGCUAAAAAGAUGAAUUCAGAGAAUAAAUAUAGAACAAUAGCAGUGACGGUGACACCCUUUAUCAUCCUGGGCGGUAUAUGCAUUGGUUUGGGAUGGAGAUAUGUGAGCCGUGCAUGGAAUCGGAAACCAAAGCCGAAGCUCGCAAGGUCCAUGUCCUUUUCUGCCCUUCACGGAGGUAAACUGGCUUUCGAGAGAUUGGUUGAUUAUCACAAUCAUGGAGGUAAGUCAACCAACAUUGAUGCUGAUAUCAAAAAGCUGGAGGAGUUACUUGCUGAUGAAAAUCCUCGUUUCAAGGAAAUUCAGCGUGUUCUUGCGAGGCUGGAAAUGAGCAGAAAAGAAGAUGAAGCCAUGGAAGUGUUGAAUAAAGCAUUGGAAAAGGCCCGAAAGCAAGGCAAACCGCAUGAAGUUUACGAGCUUGAAAUUCUGCUUGCAGAAUUGUAUAUCUACAAGGGAGAUGUUCAACAGGCUUUGAACUGCAAAUGCUUAGUAGAAGAUGGAGGGGAUUCUGAUGCACGACGUCCCCUUUAUAAGGCUAUUAUUUGCUUGAUGGACCAGAGAGAGGAAGAAGCCCGUAAGUAUUGGCAAGACUUUAAAGAUGUCCAACACAUGACAAUCCCACCAUGUUUCCAUGAAGAUGAGUUCACUGAAUUUAAGAAUGCUGUCAAUCUGCUCAAAAAAGAUAUUGAUGCUACAAAACAAUAAAAAAAUUGUUCAUUACGGGACAUUGCCCAAAGAAUUAAUCUAUUAUAAUUAAUGAGUACACGUGAUUUAACCUUCACUCAUUCUCGAAGUAGCAACUUUAUUUCUAUAUUUCUCUCCCGAAAGUUUAGAUGUAAAUUGAUUGAUUCAAGUUAUUUACAUAAUGUAUAGUUUAUAAACAAAGUAAAGUUAUCUCUAAUUCGUAAAUAAAACCUAAACAA